AUGGGCAACGAUAUCGAAGCCGUUCACACGCGCUUCAGCGAGGACAAUGGCUCGCUCAAGGCCCCGACUGCGGUGGGCAGGCAGGAGCUCGCCGGUAUUGUCCCACCACACGAUUCCUACGAGGGCAAACACCGCUUCGACCCCACUGCGUCAUGGACGGUGGAGGAGGAGCGCCGCGUCCUUGACCGCGGCAACCUUUCCAACGCGCUUGCGGACAACCUCCUCAAGGACCUCAAUCUCACGACGGAUGACUACAACAACGGAACCACCAUUCAGCUCGUGUGCUUCCUCGCGGCUGAGUUCCCCGUCCAGUUCCUCACCAAGCGCUUUGGUUUCAGGUGGGUUCUUCCCACGAUGAUGAUGGGCUGGUCGACUGUGUCCUGGGCGCAAGCGUGGAUGCACGACCGCACGUCUUUUUACCUCGGGCGCGCCUUCAUCGGACUCUGCGAGGGCGGCUUCAUCCCCGGCGUGAUCCUGUUCGCAACUUACUUCUACAAGUCCAAGGAGCUGGCGGUGCGUCUGGCCGUCUUCUGGUCCACGCUGAACGUGGCCCGCGUCAUCUCGGCGCUGCUGGCCGCCGGCAUCCUCGAGAUGCGCGGCAUCGGCGGAAAGCCAGGGUGGUUCUGGUUGUUCCUGCUCGAGGGCCUGUUGACCGGUCUCAUCGCCUUCAUCUCGUACUUGUAUCUGCCCGCGUCGCCCACGGACACCAAGCAGGUCCUCUGGCCCAACGGCUUCUACACGGAGCGCGAGGAGGUCAUCAUGGUGAACCGGAUCCUGCGCGACGAUCCGGCCAAGGGCCUGACCGCCAUCAAAGAGCCCAUGGGCUUCAGAGACAUCGUGGAGGCGUGGAAGGACCCUGCCAUGUGGGGUCUCUACUUCAUCGGGCUGAUCGCGUACAUUCCCGCGUCGCCUGUGCAGGGCUACCUCACGCUGACGCUCAAGCGCCUGGGAUUCUCGACCUUCAACUCGAACAUGCUGACGAUCCCGUCGGCGUUUCUGCAAAUCAUCACCAUGCUGGCUCUCGCGUACAGCUCCGACUACUUCAACGAGCGCACGCUGCACAUUCUCUUCGGCGAGUUCUGGAUCAUGCCGCUGCUGAUCGCGCUGCUGACGCUUCCCGACGGCGGCCGCGAGUGGGGCCGCUUCACGCUCAUCACGCUGAUCUCGGGGUACCCGUACUUCCACCCGCUGGUGUCGUCGUGGAUAUCCGAGAACUCAUUCGACGUGAAGAAGCGCGCCAUCACGGCCGCGACGUACAAUGUGAUUGUGCAGAUUGGGUCGCUGAUCAGCUCGCAAAUCUACCGCAAGUGGGACGGCCCGUACUACAAGACGGGCAACAAGGUGCUGGUUUCCGUGUGCGCGCUGAGCUGCGUCGUCGUGGUGCUGCAGCGGCAGAUGCUGGUGCGGCUGAACCGCAAGAAGGAGGAGACAUGGGCGCGCAUGGACGGCGAGGAGAAGGCGGCGUACCAGGCCGAUGUUGUUGCGCGCGAGGCCGAGGGCAACAAGAGGCUGGACUUUCGGUUUGCGGUCUGA